GCGUCGGUUAAACCGUGUUCGGCUCAAGAGGCUGCGCUUCCGGUCGAAAGUCGUACAAGAUCCCGUUUGUUGCAGCUACUGCAACAAUGGACCCCCACAGAUCCCACAAUCCCAACUCCAGCUUCCGAACCCACCAGUCGGCAUUCAAAAGAGAAAGAGACGACUGUGGAAGACCAUAUAGUGAGAAGAAACACUUCAAACCGCAGCACCACCAGCAGAAUCAGUCUGCGCCGACUCCCUGGCAAAACCCACUCGGCUCUCAGGGUUUGAGCACCAGAAGGGAGCAAUAUGAAAGAAACUUUCCUGUCUACAAACAGCCCGUUGAAGUAGGAUGUUUUUCCCUGGACUCUAAGCGGAGAUUCUUCAACGACAGCAGGCAGAUGAGAUACUACGUGGAACCUGACAAAAACCCCAACUUUGACCUGAAGGAUGGAUACAAGGAGCGCUACAUAAAGAGGGAUGAUCGUGUGAAGGAGAAGCUGGACCACAUCCUACGCUGGAUCUUGGCCAACAGAUCAAAGCUCAGCUCAAGGGAGACCACGGCUUCAUCAUGUGCGUUAGAUGUUGAUUUCGUGACAUGGCGUGGUCACCUGACCAAGCUGCUGACCACUCCCUAUGAGGCACGGGAGGGCUGGUUGCUGGCGGUCACCAAGUUCAAGGGCACGCUUUACAUCAGUGAAGUGGAGACCGAAGCUGCUCGCAGGGAGCAAGAGAACCGCGCAGCGAGGCAUGAAGAGAUGAUGUACUGGGGAUACAAGUUUGAGCAAUACACAUGUGCAGAUAACGUCCACAGUUUACCUGACCCGGGCGGAGUGGUGAACACCAAUGAAGCCUUCUGCACCGUCGUACAAACUCGGCUCGCAGACCACAGACUGUUGUUCUCCGGUGAGGUGGACUGUCGGGAUAAAGACCCCAAGGCCCCGGCUCCUCCCGCGUGCUACGUCGAGCUGAAGACCUCUGCUGAGAUCUGCACCCCCAAACAGCGCAGCAACUUCCACAGGUUCAAACUGCUCAAGUGGUGGGCCCAGUCUUUUCUCCCUGGGGUCCCUCGUGUUGUGGCAGGCUUUCGGGAUCACGACGGAGUGGUUGUCGGCGUGGAGACGUUUCCAAUCUCUAAGAUUUCACAUCUCAUCAAGAAUGAACAGAACUGCUGGAAGCCAACAGUCUGCAUGAACUUUUGCUGUGAUUUCCUGUCUUUUGUGAAGCGUAUAGCUACUGAAGACAAUCCAGAUUUAGUGUACCUGUUCUCUUACGAGCCCCACAGAGAUGUGACCUACUCCAUCCACACGGACUUCAAAUAUACCUUCCUGCCACCCUGGUAUGUGGAGGAGAUAACCAGUAGUCGAGACUCACACCAUCAGUCCUGAUUUACAGCCAAGACAUCAACUGGGACUGUCAAUUCAGACCUCCAAUGGAGGAUUAUUUAUGGUUUACUCAUCCUCUGAGAGUGACUAUGUGAAUUCAUUUUGUGUCACUGAUCACUACUACAUGACCCUCCAGAGAUAGUUUCAUCUUUUAUUUGUUCAGCUGUAAGAAUGAAACCAUGUUUUUGUACUCUUUUAUGUGGUGAUUUUAAAACCCCUACAAGGAACUUUCAUUUUAUGAUUCUGGCGUCCCCUGUGGACAAAACCGGUAGUGUUUCUACCACCUUGUUUCCUUAAUGAGAAAAGGGAAUCCGACCUGCUGCCAAAUUUAAUUUCAUAACCAGUUAAAAGCUCCUUGUUGUUUGUUUAAAUAAAAAACAGUACUAAUGUCAAUACUGUUUCUCAAACUUUAUUAUUCUUGAGUUAUAACAAUAAUUUAAAUACCAAAACAGUGGUAUGUUAAUGCUUAAUUGAGACAAAAUUAGAAAAGAAUGUUUUAAAAAAUCAUAAUGUAAAUAAGUGAAGAUGACUUCAAGUAAGUAUUGCAUCAGUUACAAAAUAUGUUCAUGUAAACUGUAAAGACAAAAUAUUUCAGCAAUGUCAAGUUCUGUCAUUGGCAGAAAAGAAAAAAACAGUUAUGAAGAAGACAGUAAUUAACAUCCACAGUGUAGUCCAGUAUCUGUUUUAUAACUAAUAGUGACACAUUCAUGUUUGGGUUCCUUCUUUACUAUUAAAUAAAACAAGUUUCUUCCUCCUGGGA